AUGUCAGAAGAUCUAUUUACAAAGGCGUUACAGAAUCCUGAUGAAAAGGUAGAUGGGCAUCUAAGCGAUGACAUACGCAUCGAGUCGAAGAGUGAAAACAUAACCAAGCUCGAAGAAAAGCUUGAUAAUGCAACCGAACAAGAGAAUGAUAAUGUAAGCGUGGAGGAGUCUCCAACUUUCAACAGCAAACUACAUGAGAAUGAUCAUGGACUGGAAACGGAACAGUCGGAUGAGAAAACAGAGAAUACAGAGGUCACUCUCAAUAAAGACGAAACAACAAUAAGUAGUACUAACAGGGGUGAAAUAGAACAGAAUAUUACAUCAUCUGCUGAGAAACCUACUGAAGAUCAACAACAAGAAGUAAGCGAUCAUUCUCAAGAAGACUCAAACUCAAAUUUGAACGAAGACUCUGACACCUCAAGUUUAGACUCGUCAUCAUCACAAUCAUCAUCAUCAUCAUCUGAUGAAGAAGACAUAAACGUAGAUGUUGAGAAUGAGUCUGACCUUGAAGAUAAUGGCACAUCUGCCCCAAUUGUUUCCAAAAAUGAAGUUUUGGAAGAUCAGACUGCCGAUCUACCAGAAUCUUAUGUGAUCGAUGAAAAAACUAACAUUUCAUCCAUAGGUACCGUAAAAUCAGUUCUAGACAAUAACCUAAUUAUAACAGCAGAUAUAUCAGGCGAAAAGCGUGUUUUAGAGGAAGGUUCAAUUUUUUGCUUAGAAGAUAGGACCCCAUUGGGCGUUUUAAGAGAAGUAUUUGGCCCACUACAAGCUCCUUUUUAUAGAGUUGGUGUGUCUGAAUCGUACAAGAAAAACAAUGAUUUAAAGUCUCUAAUAGGAAUAAAAGUUUUUAUUGUCCUGAAAGAUGUUCAUUGGAUAGACACUUUUCAAAUCAAAAUGAUUAAAGGAACCGAUGCUUCAAAUAUGUUUGAUGAGGAGUUGCCAGAAGAAGAACAAGAGUUUUCUGAUGAUGAGAAGGAAGCAAUGUAUAAGAAGCAAAAGAAACAAAAGAAAAGAAAACCAGAAAAGACAGGAAGAGCCGACACAAAUGACAGUAAUACUAAAAAAGUUAGGAGCGAUAAUUUCCCUGUUGUUCAGAAAAUGAGACCACCUAUUGGUAUGUCUAGGCCAAAGAAUUAUACCUCAAGAAGCUCAAGAGAGAAGACGAAAAUAUUGGAUUAUGAUGACGGCAAUGCCUCAAUUAGAUCUCACGCAGUUGAUCAAAGCAAGGGUGUGCAGGUGUCGCAGCUUCAACCUUCGAUCAAUCUACCAAGCACUUCUUCUUAUAUCCCUCCAAAUGAUGGAAACUUUCACAAUCCAUCCGGUUUUCCAACUGGAAAUCCAACUGGAUUUAUACCAAACAUGCCCCAAAAUCAAUUUAUACCUCCAGUAUUUCCAUACCCAACCAACUUCAACCCUCAAUACAGUCAAUAUAAUGCUCCACCAAUGCAGGGUUCAUUUCCCAAUUUUCAACCACAACCAAUGUCUUCUCAAGGCAUGUAUCCUCCACCAACAAACAAUGGCUACCCUUAUCUACCAAACAUGCCUUUCAAUGGCCAGCAACAAUUCCAAAACCAGCAACAAAUAAUGCAGCAAAACCCGCAGUCAUAUCAAUCCUCACAACAAGCAUAUCAAUUACACCAACUUUUAAUGCAACAGCAACAGUCACCUCAUCACACAGAACAAAAUCAGGGACAAUCAAACAGCCCUACAAAUCAAGGCAAUCAAUCAUUCUUUCAUCAGUAA